AUCAAGUUUAGAUCUUGGCCUUCCUUAUUAAAAGUCAGAUUUGAUGGAUAUGAGAGACCAAGUUAAGGAACUAGAGAUGCCAACCACAGUGGGUUAUAAUCUCCCUAACAGGGUUUCCUCUUCUUCCAAGCUAUCUUCUUCAACUCUAGGGGAAAGAAGUGAUCAAACUCCUCAAACUCACACAUUAAUUUUCAGUGAUCCACCUCAAACUGCUCAUCAUAGUCAUCUUUCUCCCCCUUUUCUUCCUCCAAACCCAAUUCAACUCCAACAACCAAUCAGACCCAGAAGAGAUCCAGAUCCAAAUUCUUCUUAUCCUAUUGCCACCACAAGCAGAACAAGCACCCCAAUUGCUAGUGGAUCAAACCCCACAAGAACAGAAACACCACCACCACAACCACCACUACCACAGACAGCAAGAACAAGAACAAGAACAACAACAACAUCUAUUAGAUACCGAGAAUGUCUGAAGAAUCAUGCAGCUAGCAUGGGGGGUCAUGUUAUAGAUGGAUGUGGCGAGUUCAUGCCAAGCGGAGAAGAUGGAACCCCAGAAUCCAUGAAAUGUGCUGCUUGUGAUUGCCACCGCAAUUUUCACAGAAAAGAAGCUGAAGGAGAACCACAACAUGUUCUCAACUAUCACAGCUAUUAUUACAACAAAAGCAACGGUCAGAAUAGGAUUCAUUCUCUUCUUCAUCAUCAUAGACUUUCUUCACAUGGGGUUGCCACCACUUCAGCAGGGCUGAUUCAGCCGAUGACGGUGGCCGUUGGUGGAAGCGGUGGAGGCCCAGCUGAGUCCUCUAGUGAAGAUCUCAACAUGUUUCAGUGUAAUGAUGGAGUUCAAUUAUCAGUGCAGCAGCCACCACUAUCAAAAAAGAGGUUCAGGACAAAGUUCACCCAGCAACAAAAGGAAAGGAUGAUGGAAUUGGCUGAGAAACUUGGGUGGAAGAUCCAGAAACAAGAUGAGCAUGAAGUACAACAAAUUUGUUCUCAACUUGGUGUAAAAAGACAAGUUUUCAAGAUUUGGAUGCACAAUAGCAAGCAAGCCAUGAAGAAGAAGCAAAUGUAA